AUGAGCUCUCAACAAAAUCACAAAUUAUGCAUGAUACCCGGACCCGUGGAAUUUCAUGAAGAUGUUUUAACAUCAAUGUCAACAAAAGCAACAUCACAUGUAUCACCUUCAUUUAUUCCCGUAUUUGGAGAAAGUAUUGAACUUUUACGUAAAGUAUUCGUUACUGAACAUGGACAACCAAUCGUUGUAUCGGGGUCAGGUACUUUAGGGUGGGAUAUGGUAGCAUCCAAUUUGGUUGAACCUGGUGAAGAAGCAUUAGUAUUAAAUUCAGGAUAUUUUGGAGAUUCGUUUGCUGCAUGCCUCAAGGUAUAUGGAGCAAAAGUGACAGAAGUUAAAUCAGAAAUUGGAGAUCGGCCAACACUUCAAGAAAUUUCCGAUGCGUUAUCAACUAAAUUUAAACUUAUUACCAUUACUCAUGUUGACACAUCAACAGGGGUUUUAUCAGACGUUAAAGCAAUUGCUGAAUUGGUUAAAAAAAAAUCGCCAAACACAUUAAUUGUUGUUGAUGGUGUUUGUUCUGUUGGUUCGGAAGAAAUUCGUGUUGAUGAAUGGAAUCUUGACGUUGUUUUGACAGCAAGUCAAAAAGCUAUUGGUGUUCCUCCUGGUUUAUCAAUUUUAAUUGCAAGUGAGCGUGCUAUCCAAACCUUUAAGGACCGUAAAACACCAGUUCCAAGUUAUUAUGCGUCCUGGGCUCAUUGGCUUCCAAUUAUGCAUGCAUAUGAAUCUCGUAAAGGAAUGUAUUUUGCUACUCCACCAGUACAAUUAAUUUAUGCGUUAAAUACAAGUUUAAAGCAAAUCACUUCAACUCCACUUGAAACGAGAUUUGAACAGCAUAAAAAAGUUAGUGAUCAAGUUAAAAAUGUCGUCGAAUCUUUGGGAUUACAAUUUGUUCCUAAAUCCAGAGAAGUCGCUGCCAAUGGAAUGACAGCUGUUUAUUAUCCCGAGGGAAUUCAACCUGCUGAUUUACUUCAGAAAGUUGCUUCACAUAAUGUUGUAAUUGCUGGUGGUUUACAUAGGGCUAUCGCUUCGAAAUAUUUUAGAAUUGGGCAUAUGGGAAUUAGCGUAACUGAACCUGAACGUAAACAUAUAGAUAAUACUAUUGCGGCUUUAACUACUAGUUUGAAAGAUUUAGGUUAUUCUGGAAAAUAG